UAACUAUUGGCGGAAGUCAAUAUUUCACGCUGCAAAAACAGAACAGAAUUUUUAAGAUUUUAUAAGAGAAAAGUACGCUUCAAUUUGCUGAAAUUUCAAAAUGAAGUCUGCACACGGCCAUGUCCGGAGACAAGCCAUAGCUAUACAAUGCAGCAUUUUUGUUAGUUGUGUUAUGACAAUGAAAUCAAUUAUUGAAAUUAAGCUGUUUUAUAGACGAAGAAGAAUUUGAGCUCAUGUAUAAUUGUGUAUUUAAGAAAAUGAAGACAAUGCCACCAACAAGGAUUUAACAUACACAAUGAACAACAGACAGGGGAUCCAAUGGGAGACACUUGAAUGUUUUGCUCCAGUGAAGCCUGCACGAUGGCACUGGAGCAGUGCCAAUGCGAGGUCCGAACUAUGUUGAACACCUCAACAGUGACCAGCGGGAUGUUCUCCAGGACAUCCUCCAAAACGACAAAGAGCACAAAACCAUCAUGACAGAACCAUCAAUGACAUUUGUUAUAUGUGAACAAAUUGCAAACUUUGUUUGUGUCAAUACAGUAAACAAGAAACUUUAUGUAUUUUCAAAGAAGAUUGACAAGCUGGAACAAUUGAUUUUAAGUUUGAGUAAAUCUGUUAGUGAAGUUCUUAACCAAAAUGAGUUGGGGAAAUCUGACGUCUGUGUUCAUGUGUACAACAGUCAGGACAAUGUUCAAGCAUGGGAUGAUACAUUUGAAUUAGAUUGUAGUAGUUUGGAUUUAAGUGUUUCAGUGGAAGGUAGUUUGGAUGUUGGUUUUGUUGCUGCAGAUAGCUUUUCAAGUACUUCAGUUGAAGGUCAUUGCUCUCGUGAGCAGGAUGUAGGACUAGUUGGUGGUAGUGAUCAGGAUUUGGAAAUAGUUUGUAUAGGUCGGUCACGUGUCGUUGAAAGUGGUAGGGCUGCAGGAAUAGUUGGUAGUGGUCUGUAUGGUGUUGAUAGUGGUAGGGCAGCAGGCAUACUUGGUGGUGGUCAGUCUGGUGUUGUUGAUAGUGGUAGGGCAGCAGGAAUAGUUGGUGGUUUUCAGUCUGGUGUUGUUGAUAGUUGUAGGGCAGCAGGAAUACUGUGUGGUGGUCAGUCUAGUGUUGUGGAUAGUGGUAGGGCAGCAGGAAUAGUUGGUGGUGGUCAGUCUGGUGUUGUUGAUAGUGGUAGGGCAGCAGGAAUACUUGGUGGUUUUCAGUCUGGUGUUGUUGAUAGUGGUAGGGCAGCAGGAAUAGUUGGUGGUUUUCAGUCUGGUGUUGUUGAUAGUGGUAGGGCAGCAGGAAUAGUUGGUGGUGCUCAGUCAAGUGUUGUGAAUAGUGGUAGGGUAGCAGAAAUAGUUGGUGGUGGUCAGUCUAGUGUUGAUAGUGGAAGGGCAGCAGGAAUAGUUGGUGGUAGUCAGACUGGUGUUGAUAGUGGUAGGGCAGCAGGAAUAGUUUGUGGUAGUCAGUCUGGUAUUGAUAGUGGUAGGGCAGCAGGAAUAGUUGGUGGUCUGUAUGGUGUUGAUAGUGGUAGUGUAGCAGGAAUAGUUGGUGGUUUUCAGUCUGGUGUUGGUUAUGUUCAGUUGAUAGUGGUAGGGCAGCAGGAAUAGUUGGUAGUGGUCAGUCUAGUGAUGAUAGUGGUAGGGCAGCAGGAAUAGUUGGUGGUUUUCAGACUGGUGUUGUUGAUAGUGGUAGGGCAACAGGAAUAGUUGGUGGUGGUAUGUCUGUUGAUGAUGGUAGGUCUGUAGGAAUUGUCAGUGGUCAAUUUGGUGUUGUUGAUAGUGGUAGGGCAGCAGGAAUAGUUGAUGGAGGUAGGUCUGGCUUUGUUGAUGGUGGGGGAGACAUGGAAAUUGUUGGUGGUGUUAGGUUUACUUCUGAUAGCAGUUAGGGUUCUUGUGUCAGUGGAGGUAUUGGUGUUCCUAAUUACAGUAACUUUGAUAGGACACCUCUUAGCAUAAAUAGAUCAUUCGGCAAUCAUCCUUUGAUGAUAAUCCGUUGCGCCGAGGAUAUGAGUGCAGUUCCUCCACACGCAGAGAUUCUUUUACAUAAAGAUGCAAUUGAUGAGUUGCUCUUGGAGCACCAAGGCAGUAUU